UUGACGAAUCACGUCUAGUUUUGUUUGGUACAUAAAUAUUUUGACGUUUAGAAAUUUUUUUUCAAAAAAAAAAAAAAAAAUUUCAAAUAAAAAUUUUAUAACAUUUUUUUAAUAUAAAACCAAUCAAGUUUAUAUAACACUCAAUCCAAAAUGUGUGCAAAAAUGGCAUUUCAACACCAAGCCGGUACGGCUAUGGAAUGUUUAAGCAUUCCCAUAACGUUACGGAAAGAAUCCGAAAAUGGAACAAUGAAAUGUGGUUUUAAAAUUGGCGGGGGAAUUGAUCAGGAUUACACUAAAAGUCCACAAGGAUAUACGGAUAAUGGUAUUUAUGUAACGGAGGUACAUGAGAAUAGUCCAGCGGCAAGAGCUGGAUUGCGACCGCAUGAUAAAAUACUUCAAUUAAACGGCUACGACUUUACGAUGGUCACCCAUAAAAAAGCUGUUACGUAUAUUAAUAAAAAUCCGGUACUGAAUAUGCUAGUAGCUCGGAGAGGUGUGACAAGUACUUAGCAGGUUUUAUUUUGUUUAAUUUUAUACAUUCCACAAUUUUAUUUACUUUAAAUUUUUUCAUUUUCAAUAGCAUUUUAAGUGUAGUACUAGUCAGUCAUAGAAAAUACAUUAAAAAGUAUCUUUUUUUGUUAAAUAGUAGAUUAAUUUUGUUUCAUAGUGAAUUAACUACUAUUUAGGAAAUCGUAUCAUUUAUCUGCUACGUACUAAGGCUUAAAUCUGUAGUCAUGGUCACUUUUAUAAACACAAAGUACACAUUAUAUUUAUAUGAUCGAUUUUUCGAAUAGAAUUAAUAAUAAGUAGAAAAUCUCUUUUAUCAAAUGAAUGAAUAAAACAGAACGUAUAUUUAAUUCAGAAGUCUUUUAAAGAUUUAGAAGUUUUCUUGAUUUAAAACUGCCAACUUUCUCUUUAUUUAAAAAUCAAAGUUGGUGCGAUAAGUAGUCUUGACAUUAAAAUGUAUAUGCAUUUAGCAAAAACCGAAUAUCCUAUAUCUUGAGUCUUGACAGAGUUAUAAUAAAGGGGAAAUUUUCUUUUAAUAGUUUAUUUUAUAUGGGAUAUAUCCUGCCCAACAAAUUAUUUACUAAUUCUGAAUUUUUUUUCUGCGCCUUCAUUUGAGUAGGUUUUGGAUACGCAAUUGGAAAGUAGGUUUAACUAUGCCUAAAAAAGCCCUAUUAGCCCAAAUUGACAUUUCAAACAGAGAAAUAAAAAUGUUACAACUAAAUGAAUGGUUAUCAAUGAGCUUAUAAAAUGACAAUCAAUAAGUUUGCAAUUACAGGCGUCACAAGUUGACACUUCAGUCUUGUUCAUAGAUAAAGAUCGCAAUCUAAAUUUUAGAAAAAUAUCGAACUUCAUUUAAAUCCACUCCUAAGAAUAAUACAUGAAUAUCAAUAAAAAUGUAGAAUUUUCCAUUAACUCUAUUCGAAAAUUUGUAUAACUUAAUUUCAUGUUUUAU